UGUGAAACCCCACAUCAAGACUCAAGAGUGGAAGGAACACAUCACUCCUUUAUUAGUCUCUAGUCAUUACAUUCUUUAUUGCAACAAAGAGCACUAUAAACCCUUUAAUUUUCAACCAAACAUAGGAGUAGAGGGAGAGGAGAUGGAGGAUUUGUGGCAAAAAAUGGUCUUUCCGGUUAGACGUGUUUGGGGUGCUGUUUCUGCUCGUGUCAAGCCUCGUAAAGAUGGUGCUGGAUUAUUGAAGCUUCAAGGCGAUAUACAGUCCUGUGGAUAUGAAGAUGUACAGGUGAUGUGGGAAAUGCUUGGAGGGACGGAGUCAGAGUUGACAUCUCGGCACAUUAAGCGUAAAACGCCAACAGUUGUUUAGGAAUUUUGUACGGUUCAACAGCAUCCUCCUCUACAGAUCACACCAUUGAGAAACGGUAUGCUGCACUGCAGAAAUAAGAGUAUCUGAAGAGUGAAGAGAUGUAUGUUACUUAUAUUUCUCAAUCCCCUGGGUAGAUAUGGGGACUUUCAUGACAACAUUAUCAGUUGUAAAUAUACCGUCCCCUGAUGAUGUAUGAAAGUUCGGCACUAAAUAAAGAAAAAGAACUAUGAAGAGUUCA